AUAGCCCGACGGUGACGAGUAUAAAGGCUCGAAAGCGUAGCUCCUGAACGACAGGAUACUCGUCUUUUUCGAGCCUUUCCACUCCUACUCAUCUCGGACUCUUCUUAUCGUUCCCCGAUGGCCUUCCAGCUCCUUUCUGCUCUUGCUGUCGUCGUUGCCUCGCAGGUGGUCAACGCCGCUAUCACCCGCCGCGUUGCCUGCCCCGACGGCGUGAACUCUGCGACUAACGCAGCUUGCUGCGCAUUGUUUGCCAUCCGCGACGACAUCCAGGAGAACCUCUUCGAUGGUGGCGAGUGCGGCGAGGAGGUUCACGAGUCUCUCCGUCUUACCUUCCACGAUGCCAUUGGUAUCUCUCGGUCCAAGGACGUUGGCGGAGGUGCCGACGGGUCUAUGAUCAUCUUCUCAGAUAUCGAGACUGCCUUCCAUGCGAAUGGUGGUAUCGACGACAUUGUCGACGCUCAGUCGCCCUUCAUCGCCAAGCACAACAUCACGGCCGGCGACUUCAUCCAGUUCGCUGGGGCCAUCGGCGUCUCCAACUGUUCCGGGGCUCCGCGCCUGGACUUCUUCCUCGGUCGCCCGGAGGCCACAAAGCCCGCCGCCGACAUGACGGUCCCGGAGCCCUUCGACACUGUGGACUCCAUCCUCGCCCGCUUCGCCGAUGCCGGUGCCUUCACUCCUGCCGAGGUCGUCGCCCUUCUUGCGUCGCACACCAUCGCCGCCGCAGACCACGUCGACCCCAGCAUCCCCGGCACGCCAUUCGAUUCUACUCCUAGCGUGUUCGACACCCAGUUCUUCAUUGAAACCCAGCUCCGCGGCACGCUAUUUCCCGGCACCGGCGGAAACCAAGGCGAGGUCGAGUCACCCCUACACGGCGAGAUCCGUCUCCAAUCCGACUCGGAGCUCGCCCGCGACUCGCGCACGGCGUGCGAGUGGCAGAGCAUGGUGAACAACCAGGCGAAGAUGCAGGCGGCUUUCAAGGCGGCGAUGCUCAAGCUGUCCGUGCUUGGCCACAACAUCGAGGACAUGGUGGACUGCUCCGAGCUCAUCCCCGAACCACCGACGCUCACGAAGGCUGCCACCUUCCCGGCUGGAUUCAGCCACGCCGACGUUGAGCAGGCCUGUGCGACGACGCCGUUCCCUACCCUCUCCUCCGACCCUGGCCCAGUCACUUCCGUAGCCCCGGUUCCCCCUUCCUAA